AUGAGUGACGCCGACAACACCAUCGCCUUCAUAGGCCUCGGCGUCAUGGGCUACCCCAUGGCCGUCAACCUUCGCUCAAAGAUCGACUCCUCGAAGACGUUGCUCAUCUGUGACGUUUCGGAAGAAGCACUGUCCAAGUUUGAGAAGCAGAUGGAAGGCAAAGGCCCUGUCAAGAGGGUCAAGAACGGCUUUGAGGCGGUUCAGCAGGCUAACAUGGUGAUAACCAUGCUGCCCAUCUCGCCCGUCGUAACCUCGGUCUACGAAGACUCCUCAACCGGCAUCCUCGCCGGCAUCACCGCCCUCGCCAAAUCCGACUCCUCCAAACCAGUGAAGAAAGUCCUCAUGGAAUGCGGCACCAUUGAGACAGCCACCAUCCUCGCCGUUCAGAAAGCCACCCAAAAAGUCGACUCCGAGAUCUCCUCGUCAGGCUCCGGCAGUGGCGUCACCUUCAUCGACGCUCCUGUCUCCGGCGGCCCUAUGGGCGCCCAAGACGGUUCGCUAACUUUCAUGGUCGGUGCGGCCAAGAAGGAGGACUACGAGACUGUCAAGAAGAUUUUGGCGCAUAUGGGCAACAAGGAUGGGAUCUUCCACUGUGGGGAUGUUGGUGCAGGGACGGCAUUCAAGGUCAUCAACAACUACCUCUCGGCUGUUACUUCGCUAGCAGCAUCUGAGGCUCUGAACAUUGGCGCAAAGCUCAAUCUCGAUCUGAAGCUAUUGACAGAUGUGAUCAAUGCGUCCGGCGGUCAGUGCUGGGUCACGAGCAAGUCGAAUCCGGUGCCGGGUAUUCACGCGAACGCGCCGGCGAGUCGUGGCUAUGAGGGCGGAUUCAGAAUUGAGCUGUGCAAGAAGGUGCUAGGAAUGGGUCUUGAGCUCGGAGACAUGUGUGGCGCGAGGAUGGACACCGGAAGGACAACCCUAACGGCGUUUGAGGAGUGUGCUGCGGAUGACAGGUACAAGGGGAAGGACGCGAGAGUCGUCUGGAAGUGGUUGAACGAUCAGUAG